UGCACCUGAACAUCACCACCUUGAAUUCCCACAUCCACCUUCCUCCCAAGUCACAAUAGAACCACGCUGUCACCUCCACAUGCAAAUUUCACCAUGGACGACUCUUCUUCACUUUCCUCCUUGUCCUCAGCACCGCCGACAGAUGAUGAGCGGAUGGAGUUGGAGAAAAUCGGCGCCAACAUGUCUUCCGGUCGUCCUAAGCCCGGUUCCAUCAUGAAAGAGCCGUCUUCGAGUCCUCCUCCGAAGAGGAAGAGACCUGCCUCUCCUCCUCAUGAAGAGGUCCUUGCUGAUAAUCCAGACAUUGCAUUCCUCGUGAUGUUCAGAAACCGCUUCUCGGAAGCUUUCCCUGCGAAGACAGCCCAUCUGGGACCUCAAGAUAUCGAGCGUGGAGUUGUCGAUUCGUACCCGUCCCCACAGGUCGAGAAUCUCCUUUGCGCCCUGCUCGGUCUCGUCUUGAACCGGAAGAAGCUGAUAGAACGCGCUCAUUAUGGCCGAGCUCUCGAAGACGCGAUCUCCUUCCACAAGAAUGAAUGGCCUCGAGCCUGGGGCGGCGUCAACCCGCUCUCGGGCGGGAAGUCAUUCAAUUCCAUGGCUCCAGCGGAACGGCUCACCCUCCUCCGAACCCUCGUGCUCUGGGCCCUCCACAGCUCCGAAGUCGUGUCGAAGACGGUCAAGGACUCCUACAAGCAGAAUCGGCACGAAGACGACCUCAACCAACCGCUGUCGGUGCAGCCAUGGGGCCGUGAUGGGGACAAGAGGCAGUACUGGCUGGUCGAAGGCCAAGACGACACCCCGUUCCGACUAUAUCGCGAAGGCAAUCGGAACCUGAAGAAUAUUACGUGGUGGAACGUCGCAGGAACAAUCGAUGAACUGCGAGAAGUGAGCGCCAGGCUACAGCAGGAUGGCGCACAAGCCAGUCGACGGCUUGCGGACAAGAUCCUGGCCGCCAUCCCCAGAUUCGAGGCAACAGAAGAGAAACGCAAACGUCGUGAAUACCGAUUGUCGCGCAAGGCGCAGUUCUCCCGUCCAGAGCCUGGCUUCUCCCUAUAUGAAGGUCGGACACGCGGCAAGCGCAUGAAGUACACCUUCUCCGACGACGAGGACGACACAUCCGACGCAUUGUCGGUUCGUCGAUCGACUCGCACUUCCGGCGUUGCCAUGCCCGCCGAGUCCAGCAGGCCGACGGUGACCGCCAGUGGACGUCAAGUCCGGUCACGCCUUGGUGGGCUCUACGGCGAGACAUUGCUUACUGGGCAAGCCGCAGCGGCUGACUCCCCAAUGAAUGGGUCCUACGAUCAGUCCGAAGCGUCCGAAACUGCUCCGCCGACACGUUCAGGUGCUCGCCCUACGCGGUCUGGAGGACGCACGGCGAACGGGUGGGCAAAAGGCGAUGCUCACAUCGAGGAUUACAAUUCUGAUGAGAUGGACGAUGAAGACGACGAUGUAUCCUCUGGGAACGAGUGGGAUGGCGACGAUGACGCAGACGACCAGAUGGACGACGGUGACGCGACUGAUGGCUCGAUGUCGGAUGGCGAUCUGGAGUCCGAUCCGGAGCGUGAAGGGCCGAGGAGCUUGAUUGUCAAACUUCCGUACAAGAAAGCGACACCCACCGCAGAUGCGGAUGGCACAGUGUCUGACAUGAAGGCCGAGAAACCACGGGACUCCCUCCCUCCUGCUAUCCCGCAGCAGCGCUCUCCUGUGAAGGUCGAAGCAGUUAAUGGCAACGGCGUUACCCCCGUCACGAAUGGGCUCUCAGCCAGCCAAGCUGUACAGCCGCAGCAUCAAGUCUCCGAUAUACCGUCCAAACCGUCGAUGGAACCGCAAGCAAGCCCUGCACCGACGCCAUCGGGUAUCAGUGACCAUCCGAAGCUGUCCGCUCUCAGUCCCCCCGAUCACAACUACACUCUCCCAACCCGAUCACCCGAACGACCUCAAUCUGCUUCGAUCUAUAAAUCAAGACCAGCGGGAGGAAUUCCCGUCCCCAAUCUUACCUCUUCUUAAGUUCGAUAAAAGGCGGCACGGCUCGGUCGUCGAAAAGUUCUAUCUUAAGAGGACCAACAAACGUCGAGGAAGGUACGCCCAGAUGCGAUAGCCUUCAUGGGUUCAUUCCACUCAGUUUCUACAAGGUCUGCUUAAUGGGAUAUCAUGAUGGCAAAUGGACAGUGUUUGGUUCAUUCAAUUGCCUUGGGUGGGGGGAUGAUGAAGACGUGAAUAUGAUCAUGGGAUAACAAACUGUAGAGUAGGCGAUAGUGCAGCAGUUCAAUCCACCAAAAUAUGGUGACCCG